AUGAGAGUAGCCUUUGAUUUUGCGAAAUUGACAAGGAUACGAGCCUGCGUGCCUACAAGACCUCUAUCAACAACACCGUCUCGCCAUACCUUUGGCUUCUUCAACAGCCUCGUGAAUCCGCCCUCUCGAAACAACGACAUGAACAAAAGAGCCGCACCUGCUGGGAGCUCGGCAGCUAGCCCACCCAAGAAGAGAAAGACGGACAAUGUACAGAAGUUCUAUGCAGUCCAGGCUGGGUUUCGCCCUGGUGUAUAUAUGACCUAUGCUGAAUGCUCUGCGCAAACGGCUGGCUUCAAAGGCGCGGUUUUCAAAUCCUUCACCUCAAGAUCCGAUGCGGAGGCAUUUGCGGCGGGGAAGAAGGUGGCAGCAUCGUCUGACGAGCCGGAGAGAUUCUAUGCUGUUGCUGUAGGCAAUCCAACAGGAAUAUACACGGAUUGGAAUGAAGCAGCGCUGGCUAUCAAGGGUGUCAAGGGCCCCAAAUAUAAGCGGUUCGGCUCCCGAGGGGAGGCCGUCGCUUACAUUAGACAAUUUGGCAGUAGAGAAGCUAUUGAAGCUCUCGGGGAGACAUGGACAACAUCACUGGCUGCCGUGCCAGCAUCGUCCAAGCCAGUAGCAGCUUCUCUAAAGAAGACGAUGGCCAAGACGACGACACCAAAAGCAGAGCCAGGGGUCGUGCGCCCAGCUGAGGACGUUUUACAGAUUUACACCGACGGUAGCAGCCUUGCAAACGGAAAAGCCGGGUCCAGAGCCGGCGUGGGUGUCUAUUUUGGAGAUGGUGACCCCAGAAAUGUGUCGGAGAGACUGCGAGGCGACCCGCAGACCAACCAGCGUGCCGAGUUGAUGGCGAUGCUUCGCGCCUUGGAGAUUGCACCCCUUGAGAAGACUGUGCAGAUUAUCAGCGACAGCCAAUAUUCCAUUAAUUGCGUCACACAAUGGGCUAUUGGGUGGAAGCAAAAGGGAUGGAAGACGGCGACGGGCGAGAACGUCAAGAACCAGGAUAUCAUCAGGGCUGUUUUGGACAAGAUGGACGAGAGAACUAAAGCUGAUGCCAACACGUACUUUCAUUGGGUCAAGGGACAUGCGUCAGAUAGAGGAAAUGUGGCUGCUGAUCGGUUAGCUGUGCGAGGAGCAAAGAUGAGUUGA